ACAUUUUUGGAACAGAGCUGAUAUGGUAGUAGAUAUGGUGCCACCUAAAAGGCGCAAGAAACAUAAAAAAUGCACUAAUAAAAGGAAAUUUAUGCAAGCAACGAGUAGUAUUCGUAUGCAAAAACGUCUCGGUUUAGCCAAUAAUGGCUUUUGGAACUACCUGCGGGUGUACAGAAAGACGCAUCCCUGGCUGACGCCAAAAGACACGGUCCGAAAAGGAGCCAAGGCUUGGUGUGCACUUACAAGAAAGCAGAAGACAAAGUAUGAGAAUAUGGAACGAGCCUCAUCUGACAGCAUUCUUUCUUUUCUGAUCUAUUUGAUUGGCUAUUGAGACCUAUCGCUCACUUACCCUUGUCAGGACCCUCAUGAAAUCCCAAUCUGUGUAUUCCAAAUUAAUGUAUGUCUCAAAAUAUUAAAUCUACCUAUGGCCUGCA